AUGGCCGGCCAAGGAAGCGGAAAUGCUGGUCGAGGAGGGGCCGUCAUCGACAAACUGGACUACCACCCCGGACGACCGCUACUACGCGCCGACGACGAAGGGGAAUCAUCAGGCAGACCCAGUGCCGAACACAGUUAUGCCGGCAGCUUCUUUGAGCAGGUCGCCGAGGGCAUUCAGAGUCGUGACAGACAGAAGAUGCAGCGUCAGCUCUCGCGUUAUCUCACCUUUGCCUGGGCCAUUGUCAACUGGUCCGUUAUCUUUUCAACCUACCCUGAGCAGAGCAUGACUGAUAUACCCCUCNNUAGUCUGGUUGCCGGAUCUAUCACCUGCUUCUCCGUAUACGCUCCCUUGUUCCAAAAACGCCUGCACUACACCCAGCUGCGCGUCAAUACCAUUUCCAUCACCGCCGAGUUAGGCAUGUACCUGCCCGUGCCUAUCUUUGGUUUCCUCUGCGACCGCUACGGCCCUGGCAUUCCUUCGAUCCUGUCAGGCUGUUUCGCUGGAUUAGGUUACAUACUAGCAGCCUUCGCCUACCGCAAUCCCGACUGGCCCUUCGGUGUCAUGGUCUUCUCGUUCGUCUGGGUCGGCAUGGCUACCAGCUGCAUGUAUCUCAGUGCCGUCACCACCUGCGCAAAGAACUUUGGAAGAGGAAAACACAAGGGUCUUGCACUGGCUCUACCCAUUGCCGCUUUUGGUCUGAGCGGUAUGUGGGAGAGCCAGGUGGGAAGUCGCCUGCUAUACGAGAAGAAGCCUGACGGCACUCCUGGAGACAUCGAUGUCUUUCGCUUNUUCAUCUUCCUCGGUUGUACCCUGUUUGCAGCUGGUGCCGUUGGUUUCUUCCUGCUGAGGAUUAUCGACGAGGACGAGAUGAUCGACGAAGCAAUUGAAGAGCUGGAACAAAGCGGUCUGCUAGAGCACAGUGCCUUCUUCAGAAGAGGCCAUCAUCACGAGCAUCAAGAAACCUAUGGUGCCGUGCAAGACGAGGACGACGAAGAAGAAGAGCGCCUACGCAAGGAAGAAGAAGAGCGCCUACGCAAGGAAGAAGAAGCCCGCAAGAAGACAUGGUUACUCAAUGAGGAGACUAGCCGUUUCCUUUCCGACAAAACCAUGUGGCUGCUCGCUGGUGGUUUCUUCCUCGUUACUGGUCCUGGCGAGGCUUUCAUUAACAAUCUAGGCACAGUCAUUGGCACUCUUUAUCCACCUAACGUUCCUGACGAAGACAUUCCCACGAGCGCUGCUACUCACGUCUCGAUUGUUGCCAUCACCUCGACUAUCGCCCGUAUACUGACGGGCACCUUAUCCGACUUGUUUGCUCCUACAUCUGUACCACACCAGCAUCGACGAGGACCCAACUCGCUCAUGUCAUCCAUGGCCACUUUGCCUGGCACAGACGCUGCAGAACCUCAAAAACGCCUGGAGAUUUCACGCAUAACUUUUUUGCUUGUGUUCUCACUCAUCAUGUCCGUCGGCCAAGCUGUUCUUGCUUCGGGUGUUGUGCAAGACCACGGCGAACGUUUCUGGUGGGUCAGCGCGGCUGUCGGUGCAGGAUAUGGUGCUGUUUUCAGUCUGACCCCUAUUAUUACUUCGGUCGUUUGGGGAGUUGAGAACUUUGGUACCAAUUGGGCUUGUGUUGCAACUGUGCCAGCUUUGGGAGCGACACUAUGGGGUUUGUUGUACAGUGCUGUUUAUCAGUAUGCAGCCGACGACAACGUGGAAGCAAGUAGUGAGCUCUGCUUCGGUCGCGCUUGCUAUGCGCCAACGUUUUGGGCUAUGGCAGUCAGCGUUUGGAUAGCAUGCCUUCUAUGGCUUUAUGCAUGGCGGGGUCCAGGCGGCUGGUAUAGGCGGGGCAUUGUGGUUUAG